AUUUCCUGUACACACACUCAAAAUCAGGGUUCUUAUUUGAAGCAACACAAAGCAAGAUCGGAAAAAAACCUUUAGAUUAAGAGAGAACAAUAUUUUAACAGUUUUUAGAGGAUUGCCGCUUCUAUCAAGAGACUAUCAUGAGGAUAAUACCAUACCAAAGACUUUUGGAACUGAUUAUUGGAGCUACUAUUUUGUGUAUUUGUCGGACUCAAAUGAUCGAGAAUGGCACAAAUACUUAUCCAACACAGAGCAAUUUCACUAUUAAACUGGAAACAACCCUGAAUACUACUGGUAACACCACUAAACCAGUUGCUAGCAGCACCCGUAGCUUGGUAGCCGGCAAUCAUUCCUACACAAAUGUAAGUGAACAAACGCUGCUCCACAAAAUGUCAACCAUUAAAAUUACACGGACAACAAUCCCAUCCACUUCUGUAUUCAGAAAUCAUUCUGAAGAAAUGCCCACCUUAAACACAUUAUCAAAAACAUCAUGCAACUGUGCAAAAGAAAAUUAUCAAACUGCUAUAGUGUUCUGUAUAAUUGUUAUUGCAGUUUUAAUACUAACCUGUGCAAUUUUAAUUAUAUCCGUGGUAGUAUUAGCUAACAAAACGUCAAAACUUAAAGCAAAAUUAACACAAUCCAAACGUCAGGCAAGAAGCAACGGGGAUUUUCUCAGUGCUUCUAGCAUUUUGUGGCCAUCAGGACUGGAAACGCUCCAGAAGAUACCACAAGCUGCUAACUUAACAAUGGAUGAUAUUUCACUAGGUGACACCAACCCAGCACAAGAAGAGAAACAUAAGCUAACGUCUACUGCAGAAGAGGAGGAUUCAUUACAGAGCAAGCAGGGGAAAACAACGCAGCCAGUGUCUAAUACCUUAAAGGGAUAGUAAACCACAAUUUUAUUUGAUGAUUCAGAUAGAACAUACAAUUUUAAACAACUUUCCAAUUUAAUUCUAUUAUCAGGAUUUCUUCAUUCUCUUGCUAUCCAUUGCUGAAGGGACAGCAUUGCACUACUGACUGGAAGCUGAAACUAUCCAUUUAGCCAAUCACAAGAGACAAAUGUGUGCAGGCACCAAUUAGCAGCAGCUCCCACUGCAUAUUCAUUUUUUAACAAGGGAUACUAAGAGA